AUGUCUGGUAGCGGCGGUUUCUACAAGUACCGAUGCAAGUACUUUUACACAUAUAACUGCCCCAACUGGGUCUACUGCAACGGCCACGCUUGCGCCAUGUGUUUGGCCGAAGGUCGUGAUACAGCAGAAUCUGAGCCAUCAGCGCCACCCCAGCAGCAUUCCUCGACAGCCUGGCAACUUCAGCGGCGGCAGAACCCUUCAAUAGCAGCCGAGAUUUGCGUCCCGCAGGCCAUCCACGGGACGCUUCGGUAUACCGUCAUGGAGAUCGUUCCCACCGACGAGACCAGCCCGGGCGCGUACUGGGUGCUCCGGCAGAAGGCCAUGGCAACGCAUGCGCUUCCCUACAGCACCAUAACCACCAGCGACACGCCACGGCCGGUCAUGACCUCUGUGGGACACGUGGGCCAGAUGGCCUAUUGA